ACAUCAAUGAUGAGUUGGGUAAAUGAAAGCCACAUCGAGGAGUUCAUUCUGUUAGGCUUCUCAGAUCGACCAUGGCUGGAGUUCCCACUCUUUGUUAUCUUCUUGAUUUCUUACAUCAUGACCAUUUUUGGCAAUCUAACUAUUAUUCUAGUGUCACGCCUGGACCCCAAACUCCAUACUCCUAUGUAUUUCUUUCUUACCAACUUGUCACUCUUGGAUCUUUGUUAUACCACAUGUACAGUUCCACAAAUGCUGGUGAAUUUGUGCAGCAUUAGGAAAGUAAUUAGUUAUGGUGGCUGUGUGGUCCAACUUUUCAUGUUUCUGGCAUUGGGAGCUACAGAAUGUGUCCUGCUGGCAGUCAUGUCCUUUGACAGGUUUGUGGCUAUUUGUCGACCGCUCCAUUACUCAGUCAUUAUGCACCAAAGGCUCUGCCUCCAGUUGGCAGCUGCAUCUUGGAUCAUUGGCUUUGGCAACUCAGUGUGGUUGUCUAUCCUGACUCUCCAGCUACCACUCUGUGGCCACUAUGUAAUAGAUCACUUUCUCUGUGAAGUCCCUGCACUCCUCAAGUUGUCCUGUGUCGAUACAACAGCAAAUGAAGCCGAAUUGUUCUUUGUAAGUGUACUCUUCCAUCUAAUACCCUUGACGCUCAUUCUUGUAUCCUAUGCUUUCAUUGCCCAAGCAGUCUUGAGAAUACAAUCAGCUGAAGGCCGACAAAAAGCAUUUGGAACAUGUGGCUCCCAUCUAAUAGUGGUAUCACUCUUUUACGGUACUGCUAUAUCCAUGUACUUGCAACCACCUUCACCCAACUCCAAAGACAGGGGAAAGAUGGUGUCCCUUUUCUAUGGAAUCAUUGCACCCAUGCUGAACCCCCUUAUAUAUACACUUAGGAACAAAGAAGUAAAAGAAGCCUUUAAAAGGUUGAUUGCAAGAGUCUUCUUAGUCAAGAAAUAA